UCUGGCGGGUUUUUCUUAUUUAGAAUUUUUAUUCUCAGAGCUGGAAGGUAGCUGGUUACUGGCAGUGUUUCUGUGUCAUUAGUUUUGUUUUUCAGCAAAAUAAUAAGACAAAGUUUAUUUUGGUCAGAUUUCGAAAAUGUACGUCCUCAAGAGAGAUGGCCGCCAAGAACGUGUUAUGUUCGACAAAAUCACCUCUCGUAUCCAGAAGCUCUGUUAUGGACUCAAUGCAGAAUUUGUGGAUCCUGCUCAAAUCACCAUGAAGGUGAUUCAGGGUUUGUACAGCGGUGUCACAACAGUGGAGCUUGAUACACUGGCUGCAGAGACUUCUGCAACUCUCACAACAAAACAUCCAGACUACGCUGUCUUGGCAGCACGAAUUGCAGUGUCCAAUUUGCACAAAGAAACUAAAAAGGUGUUCAGUGAUGUGAUGGAGGACCUGUAUAGAUACAUAAAUCCAAGAAAUGGGCGCCACUCUCCCAUGAUAAGUAAGGAAACGUACAACAUUGUCAUGGCAAACAAAGAUCGUCUGAACUCUGCUAUAAUUUAUGAUCGUGACUUUUCCUACAACUUCUUCGGCUUUAAGACAUUGGAACGCUCUUACCUGCUCAAGAUUAAUGGGAAAGUUGCUGAGCGUCCACAGCAUAUGUUGAUGAGGGUGUCUGUUGGAAUCCACAAGAAUGACAUAGAUGCUGCUAUUGAAACUUACAAUCUUUUGUCUGAGAGGUGGUUCACUCAUGCCUCUCCUACUUUGUUUAAUGCUGGGACAAACAGACCUCAGCUGUCCAGCUGUUUCUUACUGUGCAUGAAAGAUGACAGCAUUGAGGGAAUUUAUGAUACACUGAAGCAGUGUGCACUGAUUUCAAAAUCUGCUGGUGGAAUUGGAGUUGCUGUAAGCUGUAUUCGUGCAACUGGAAGUUACAUCGCUGGGACUAAUGGGAAUUCUAAUGGCCUUGUUCCAAUGCUGAGGGUUUACAACAACACCGCACGCUAUGUGGAUCAGGGAGGUAACAAGAGACCUGGAGCUUUUGCAAUUUAUCUAGAGCCAUGGCACUUUGACAUUUUUGAAUUCUUGGACUUGAAAAAGAACACUGGGAAGGAUGAGCAGAGAGCUAGAGACCUAUUCUAUGCUCUGUGGAUUCCUGACCUCUUCAUGAAACGUGUUGAAAGCAACCAGGAUUGGUCCUUGAUGUGCCCACACGAAUGCCCUGGCCUGGAAGAAGUAUGGGGAGAAGAAUUUGAGAAGCUGUAUGAAAAAUAUGAAAAGGAUGGUCGUACCCGUAAAGUUGUAAAGGCUCAGCAAGUAUGGUACGCCAUCAUAGAGUCUCAGACGGAGACUGGAACACCCUUCAUGUUGUACAAAGAUGCCUGUAACAGGAAGACUAAUCAGCAGAACCUGGGGACAAUCAAAUGUAGCAAUCUUUGCACUGAGGUGGUAGAGUACACCAGUCCAGAUGAGGUUGCGGUUUGCAACUUGGCUUCCAUCGCCCUGAAUAUGUAUGUUACGGCAGAUCGGAAAUUUGAUUUUCCAAAGCUGGCAGAAGUCACAAGAGUUUGUGUAAGGAAUCUUAACAAAAUCAUUGACAUAAACUUCUACCCUGUCCCUGAGGCUGAGAGGUCUAACAAACGACACAGACCUAUCGGUAUUGGUGUGCAAGGUUUGGCUGAUGCUUUCAUUUUGAUGCGCUUCCCUUUUGAGAGCAAAGAGGCCCAAAUGUUAAAUAUUCACAUCUUUGAGACCAUUUACUAUGCUGCUUUAGAUGCCAGCUGUGACUUGGCAAAGGAGCUUGGACCAUAUGAGACGUAUGAAGGCAGCCCAGUCAGCAAAGGGAUCCUGCAGUAUGACAUGUGGGACCGCACUCCAACUGACCUGUGGGACUGGAAGGCCCUUAAAGAAAAAAUCGCCAAGUACGGUGUCAGGAACAGCCUGCUGCUUGCCCCAAUGCCUACAGCUUCAACUGCUCAGAUUUUGGGUAAUAAUGAAUCAAUUGAGCCAUAUACCAGCAACAUUUACACCCGCAGAGUGCUUUCAGGAGAGUUCCAGAUUGUGAAUCCCCAUUUGCUGAAAGAUCUCACUGAAAAAGGUCUGUGGAGUGAAGAAAUGAAGAACCAGAUCAUUGCUAACAAUGGUUCUAUUCAGAACAUUUCAAAAAUUCCUGAUGACUUGAAAGCACUCUACAAAACUGUGUGGGAAAUUUCCCAGAAAAUUGUUAUCAAAAUGGCUGCUGAUAGAGGGGCUUACAUUGACCAAAGCCAGUCUUUGAAUAUCCAUAUUGCAGAACCAAACUAUGGCAAACUGACCAGCAUGCACUUCUACGGUUGGAAACAGGGCUUAAAGACUGGAAUGUACUAUCUGCGGACAAGACCAGCAGCCAAUCCUAUUCAGUUCACACUCAACAGAGAGCAGCUGGACAAAAUGAAAGAGGCCGAGAAGGUUGCAAAAGAGGGAGAAAAGGAGAGAAACACUGCAGCUAUGGUCUGUUCCCUGGAAAACCGAGAAGAUUGCCUUAUGUGUGGAUCUUAACUGGACAUCUUUCUAAAGUAGCUAGUUUUAUGUGCCCCAUUUUCUGUCCAAUGUGUGCAAUAUUGACACAGCUCUGCCAUUAGUCCUAAACAGGGGGCUUCCUUGCCUUUCUCUCAAUCACAUUCUUUUCAUUUCCUAAUAUUUAGGAUGCUAUGUUACUGUGAUCAAGUUUUGCGUUUGUGUACUUUUGUGUUUAGUUUGGAAAUCUGUUGAGUGAAUGGACUCCACUAAAAUUUUUACCAGUUCAUUGUACUUUUUGAUGCAUAUGGUUUUUAAUGUGGUUGAGGCAAUUACGUUGCAGUCUGGGAAGGGAGUUUUAAUUAAAUUUUCUAUUUAAAACCUGCAUUCUGUAUCCGUAGUUAACAUGGGCUUGUGAUAGCAUUAAAGCUGAACAGUGGAACUUUAUUGUGAAGCCCAUCGGUAUUUUGAAAUCCCUUUUCAUACUUGACUUUUUAUUCUUGACAGAUGGCUCACUUUGUAUUUUGCAUGUUUGGUGAAACCAGUAAACUUGUAAAUGUGUACAAUUAUUUCUUAAGCUAAUAUUGAAGCUAAUGGGUCAGAGUGGUAUUUGGCAUCAUUAGUAUGCAAUUAUAAUAAAUUGUUUAGAAUUUUAGUAACUUUUUAGAUCAUAUGAAAAUAAAGCAAAUUUCUGUUUAA